ACAUUUAUAUUUAUCUAUGUUGACUGCCAAAACAGGUCAGCUGUGGAGCUGCCUCUACAACCAUGUUUGCUACAAUUCACAUCAUGGCUAGCUCAAGGUUACCCGCGGCAGCACUUACAUUAAAACAGUUUAUACAGAGGCAGAAAGUGUUGAGUCUCUACAGAAACAUGAUGAGAACCAUCAGACAAGUGCCAGACGAGGGAGACCGAAAAUACCUGCGGGAUUGGGCGCGAGAUGAGUUCAAGAGGAAUAAAAAUAGCACAAAUCAGGACGCCAUCCGAAUGAUGAUCACACAGGCAAACAUGCAUCACGAUGAGCUACAGUCAUCCCUUGCAUUGGCUAACGUUAAGAAGUAAUGUCACCUGUCUGGGGCUGAGGUAAUCCACCGAUUUCUCCUGCAAGUGAAUGCCAGAAGCUUUUCUAUGCUGCCUCAAAUGGACUGUGAAAGCCAUUGGAAUCAGUACUUACUGUGGAAGCACCGUGGCAUUUGGCCAGACCAGCUCGUUGCAGGUUCAUAAUGUGAUUUGGACCAUAUGAAAUCUGUCAUGAGGAGUUCUAUAUCAGAUGAUUGUCAUCAACAUGUCCAUGUCUAGCAGUGGUGACGCUUUCAAAACACUUUUGAGGAAAGCUGUGCGAGCCAUGUGUGAUAUGCCAUUUGCAAUCAUGUCUGACAUAAUACCCUCGGUCUCAUGUUGGGCUAUUGUAAAGCUGUUUGUGUCCAGAGGAUCCUCAUGAAAUGUUAUGUACAUGUUGAACAUAAAACAAUGACAGUUGUUUUUUUACAAAAUCAA